UUUAACCUUUGUAGCUACAAACAACGAACAUGGCUAAACGUUUUCUAUUUCUUCUUUCUCCCUUCUUAACUAUUCUUCUUCUUGCCGUAACCGUUACAGAAUCCGAAGCGUACGCGACAACGACGACGCCAUAUCAAGGCUAUAAGCCGGAGAAGUUCACCCACCUCCACUUUUAUUUCCAUGACGUCAUCUCCGGUGACAAACCUACCGCCAUCAGAGUGGCUGAAGCUCCCGGAACAAACUCCUCUGCCAUCAAAUUUGGAGUGAUUAUGAUCGCUGAUGACCCCUUGACUGAUGGACCCGACCCGAGCUCGAAGGAAGUGGGGAGAGCUCAGGGGAUGUACGCAUCGACGGACUUGAAAGACUUAAUCUUCACGAUGGUAUUUAACUUGGCUUUCACGGAAGGACACUUCAACGGAAGCACCCUCGCGAUGUAUGGACGGAAUGCGAUAAUGACGAAGUUGAGAGAGAUGCCGAUCAUUGGUGGAACCGGCGCUUUCAGGUUUGCUAGAGGCUAUGCACAGGCCCAGACUUAUAAGCUUGUUGGUCAAGAUGCCGUGGUCGAGUAUAAUGUCUUCAUCUGGCAUUAGUUAUUUGGGAUCGUAUAGUUGCUGUUUACUGUAUUUCGAAAAUAAAUUGUUUCACUUUGGUUAUCUUAUAUAUAUAUAUCGUUUUGGGUCUUUUUGAUUUGUUGUGUUGUUCCAAGUUUAAAAGGUGUAGUUGUUUGAAUAUGUCGAGAAUUGAGAUGUGUGUUUGAGUGUCUGGUGGUAAUUGGAAAUUUCUG